CACGACGCUCGACGCCGGCUCAGGCGUCAUUCCGACAGCGGCUCUCUGCCAAAGUGGCUACAGUGAAUUAGUGUCGUGCGACGAGCAGCAAAAAUUGCAGAACUUUUCGACACGCUGGGAUCCUCGUGGCUGAGCGAAACAGGCCGGGAUUUCCCUGCGGAAAUUUGCGCUAUGAUUGAGAACGUGCCCAAGAUGCUGUCCGACCCGGACCAAAAACCCGAGCUGCUGGAAGACGGGACCCAUCUGGACAUCAAGCCUCGGUUUACCAUGGGACAGAUUUGCGAAGGCUGCGGACAACAAAUUAUGGUGGUUAAGGACUACUCUCAGCGCCUGCCUCUGCAAAAGGGCGACCAAUUCGUCCUCAGAGCCGGUCAGCCGCUUUGCAGGGCAGAUUUUGAAAAGGAAUUCUUCCUCCUUCAACAAACCUCGCUCGGCUCAGAGUGCAGUCGAGUUUCUGCGGUUAAGUUUCGAAGGAAGCUUCACUCGCCGAAACCGUGCAGAAAAGUUCGAGAAGCACUGGCCAAAGAAACUGGCUUGAGCGUUCGCGUGGUUCAAGUUUGGUUCCAAAAUCAGCGCGCUAAAAUGAAGAAGAUGGAGAAAAAGCAGAAAGAGAGAGAAAGCAGAGAAGACGGGAAAGAUGGAGAAAAAGAACCUAAUAAAAAGGGGAGAAAAACGAAGGCUGCCGCUUUGGUCAAAGAAGUUGACAGUGAUUCCGACACCGAAUUCAAUGGUGAUCAGUAUCCUGCGCAUUCAGGGGACAGCUUUUGCGGAUCAGAGCUUUCUUUGGAUGACAGUGGGGGCUUCGAAACUGUGGAGGAUCUGACGGAUGCCGGACCGGGCUCGAAUGGACUCGUCCCUCCACAACAAGGUCCAGUUCUCCAAAUUUGUCUCCGAGGCUUAGCGUGCUUGAAGUCGCAUAGAGGUUAUGUUAUAAUGACAUCUCUGAUCGCCCGGUUGACUUUCUAUCCGUCAGUUGGAUGGACCAUGAUUAUGGAGAAAUUGUCAAGCCGGCGGUGGUACGACCGAAUCGACGAAACAGUUAUAGUGGGUGCGAUUCCUACCACAAGUAUGAUUCCCGAACUAAUUGAAAAAGAGGGGGUACGAGGCGUAGUGUCAAUGAAUGAAGAUUUUGAGUUGCGCUUGUUCGCGAAGGAAGAAGACUGGUUUAACGCGGGUGUGAAAUUCAUUCAACUCCCUACUGUGGAUAUGUUCGGAGUUCCAACGAAAGCUCAAUUGGAGAAAGGACUUUCUUUCAUCGCGGGAAUCGAGAAAGAGAACGGCUCAGUUUAUGUUCACUGUAAAGCGGGACGUGUUCGAAGUGCAACUUUGGUUAUGGCAACUCCGACGUUCGAAAGUCUGUGUUGUGCCGACGGAGAUAAAACUGGUGGCCCAAUAGAUUAUCUUCUUCAUGUGCACGCAAUCCCGUACAAUGCCGUUAGUUUAGCUACUUCUCUUAUUGGAAUUGGAGGGGCCCUUUUUCAGGUCGUCGCGGUUUCUGGGCAAACAAAACGACCCCGUGCGACGCCUGGUGUGACAAGAAACUCAAGUUCCAGUCGACAUCUGUCAAUUGUGCAGUGGCUUGCUGUUGCAGAUCUGUGUGCUGCAUUGGGAAUUCUCAUUAGAUCUGCGGCAUGGCUUAUGAACGCCACGAUGAUGCUGGAAAUCAAUUGGUCAUCUCAAAUUUUCUGUGUGUGCAUUUCGACUUGGAUUCAUUUUUUCUACACGGCGACUUACUUGUGGACCUUCUUUUACGCGAUUGACAUCAUGCGAACUCUUCAAGAGAAACCGUGGCUACCUGGAUUAUACCAUGGCUUAGCAUGGUCAAUAAGUGCUGGGCUUACUGCGACUGGGAUUUCAUUUUUGUACUUUCCUAACUUCAACUGUCAUCGUGGAGAACCAAACGGCUAUUUGUACGUUUUGCCGAAUUACAUUUCCACGUAUUUGCCCGUUUUGGUGGUUAUGGUGGCAAAUCCCAUAAUUUACAAAAUUGCUUUUGGCCAGGUGGAAAUUUACGUUGCACAAACCCGAGGCAUUAUCACAAGCGAAGAACAUCGCGCUGUUGAUGCGUUGAAGUGGAAGUUUUUUUGCAUCAUUCUUGCAUUUUAUAUCUGUUGGCUACCGAAUCUGAUCAAUGGAAUAUUGCUUUGGACGAAUUGGCCAGAUUUGCCUCGAGCCGGAAUUUUGGGAUUGUGGUAUCUUAUGGCUGUUGUUAAUCCUCUACAAGCCGUGCUGAACGUUAUCGUUUACGGGAAAUGGAGGAAUUGUUUCACAUGGUUCAGCAAUUCUCUGUGUUGUCUGUGGGGCAAGAAGUCGGAGGACCUGAACGAACGAAGCCUUCUGUUGGAAUCGUCUUUCACGCACAGCAUAAACGGAGAAGGCUCGUAUAUGUAUUAA